ACACAAACCAACCACAAUAUACGUACUCAACCAACAAGAAUACACCAUGGCCGUCCCAGCGCUCGAGGGUGCGCCUGUACUCUCGACACCCGAUACACACAUCUUCGAAGACCCGACGCCGGCUGUGGAUCCUUCGAAUCUGCCUCGAUUAUCAGACGAGCAGGUUGCGCUCACGUACGAGAUUGAACGCACAGUGCGGGAAAUACGAGAGGGAAAAUGGAAGAGGAUUGCCCUGCAGUUUCCAGAUCAUAUGCUCGGUGAUGCACCGAGAGUGUAUGACCAUUUGACUCGAGGGCUGAAGAAGGAGCGGAAAGGGCAGAACAGUAGCGAACAAGAAAAGAGCGGGCAGUCGCUGAAUGGCACGACGGCGCCGACUGUUGAAGAAGAAUUGGCUACGGAUAUGAAAAAAGCCAGGUUACAGGACAGCGGGGGUGUCGUCGAGGAAAAACUGUUUAUACUGGGAGAUACCUCAUAUGGCGCGUGCUGUGUAGAUGAAGUGGCUGCAGAGCAUGUCGACGCGGAUGUAGUCGUGCACUAUGGCCGCUCAUGUCUAUCGCCGCCAUCAAGACUACCAGUCAUUUACGUUUUCACCGAGCGGGAGCUCGACAUCGACGCCACUAUCGCAACGUUCAAGGAGACCUACCAAGAAAAGGACAAGAAAAUAGUUCUCAUGGCGGACAUACCGUACUCGCACCACAUCCCACGUCUAUAUCAACGCCUCCACGAAGACGGGUACACGAAUCUCCACGCCACAGAAAUCGUACACAAGCCAUCUUCACCCCUGCCCAACCGAACCGUCCCGCAAGAAUUACAAGAAAAAGGCGACGACGCCCUCCGCGACUACGCCCUCUUCCACAUUUCCGACCCACCUACAUCUCUCCUCCUCGCCCUCUCCUCUCGUGUAUCCUCAAUCCACAUCUACCCCACCACCGAACCAGCCAGCUCCGCCUCCCUAGCCAACACAUCAAAAACACUAAACAGGCGCUACGCCCUCAUAACCUCCCUCUCCACAACCCCCAUCUUCGGCAUUCUCAUCAACACGCUCUCUGUGAAAAACUAUAUGCACAUCCUCUCGCACGUCCAACAGCAAAUCGCCGCCGCAGGCAAGAAAUCCUACACUUUUGUCGUGGGCAAGGUCAACGCGGCGAAAGUAGCCAAUUUCAGCGAGGUAGGCGGCUGGGUCGUAAUCGGGUGCUGGGAGAGCAGUUUAAUCGAGAGUCGAGAUUUCUGGCGGCCCAUGAUUACGCCGUGGGAGCUUGGUGUUGCGCUAAAGGGGGAUGCGGAGCGUGUGUGGACGGGGGCUUGGGAGCCGGAUUUUCAGAAGGUGUUGGAUGAGGAUAGGGAGAAAGAAGAGAAUCAAGAGACGACGGGCGAUGUUGACGAGAAAGAGAAAGAGGGUCAAGAGGGUGUAGAGUACGAUUCUGAAGAGGAGUCUCAGCCCCCAGAGUUUGAUCUUAGGACUGGUCAGUAUGUCUCGCAUGCGAGGCCUAUGCGGUCUGCUGCAGCGAAGAAUACGCCGAAGGCUGUUGCGAAUGGUGAUGGUGCACCUUCAGCUAGUUCGGCUCUGGCGAAACGUGCGAAUGGCGAUAUUGCGGCUGUGGGUGGUGUGGCGUCGCCCGGUGCUGAGUAUCUGCGAUCAAAUCGCACAUGGCAGGGCUUGGGUAGUGAUUAUCAGAAUGGGGAGGAUGGAGAAGAAGGUACGGGGAAUGCGAGGGCAGCAAAGAUGGAAGAGGGGAGGAGCGGGAUUGCGAGAGGGUAUGUUGUUGGGGAUGAGGGGAGGACACAUUGAGGAAAAGAAGGAGACUGAAAAUGUUUUCUGAUGUAAAAGUGGUAUUUCUUGUAUAUGUAUAUUUUUCCUUGCCGUGGGCCCAUGGGCAGAAAGAAUAAAACAUGGUUUGACUCCUGCACGUCAUUCACAACACAUUAUCAUUGUACAUCAUUAUCAUCGUAUAUCAUUAUCAUC